UCACCGCCCACCUAUCAGAGGAGUGAGGGCCGGUGCUUCCGGUGGCUGACCAGAGCUGCUUAUCUGCGGUGGCGUGAGGUUGGGAGGCCACGGAGACGGUGGUGUUUUUGUGAGGCAGUGAGAGCUAAGGUAACCUUUAUCAAAAGGAUGGAGCUGGGAAAAGGAAAACUACUCAGGACUGGACUGAACGCGUUGCAUCAAGCAGUGCACCCGAUCCAUGGCCUUGCCUGGACUGAUGGGAAUCAAGUUGUCCUAACUGAUUUACAGCUUCACAAUGGAGAGGUCAAGUUUGGGGACUCCAAAGUCAUUGGGCAAUUUGAAUGUGUCUGUGGGUUGUCCUGGGCCCCACCUGUUGCAGAUGACACGCCUAUUCUACUCGCAGUCCAGCAUGAGAAGCGUGUCACUGUAUGGCAGCUGUGUCCCAGCCCUAUGGAGUCAAGCAGAUGGCUGACGUCUCAGACUUGUGAGAUUAGAGGAUCACUACCUAUCCUUCCCCAGGGCUGUGUGUGGCACCCAAAAUGUGCUAUUCUGACUAUGUUGACUGCUCAGGGUGUCUCCAUUUUCCCUAAUGUGCACUCUGACAAUUCCCAGGUAAAGGCAGAUAUCAACACCCAGGGCCGCAUUCACUGUGCAUGUUGGACCCAGGAUGGCCUGAGGCUGGUGGUGGCAGUAGGCAGCAGCCUGCAUUCUUAUAUUUGGGACAGUGCUCAGAAGACUCUUCACAGGUGCUCCUCCUGCCUGGUGUUUGAUGUGGACAGCCACAUCUGCUCCAUCACGGCAACUGUGGACUCACAGGUUGCUAUAGCCACUGAGCUUCCACUGGAUAAGAUCUGUGGCUUAAAUGCAUCUGAAACCUUUAAUGUCCCACCCAACAGUAAAGACACGACUCCGUAUGCUUUACCAGUUAUUGGUGAAGUACCCUCUAUUGAUAAAGAGGCAACUGAUUCUGAAACAGAUUCUGAAGUAUCAGUUUCUUCUUCCUAUUUAGAACCUCUGGAUCUAACUCACAUACACUUCAGUCAACAUAAGUCUGAGGGUAAUUCUCUUAUUUGUCUAAGAAAAAAGGACUACUUGACAGGAACUGGCCAAGAUUCUUCACAUUUGGUCUUUGUGACUUUUAAGAAAGCGGUUACCAUGACAAGAAAAGUCACUAUUCCAGGCAUCCUGGUUCCUGAUCUGAUAGCAUUUAAUCUUAAAGCACAUGUAGUGGCAGUGGCUUCCAACACUUGUAAUAUAAUUUUGAUCUACUCUCUCAUUCCAUCUUCAGUCCCAAACAUCCAGCAAAUUCGAUUAGAGAACACUGAAAGACCAAAAGGGAUAUGUUUCUUGACAGACAAACUAUUACUAAUUUUGGUAGGAAAACAAAAACUCACUGAUACAACGUUUCUUCCUUCUUCAAAGUCUGAUCAGUAUGCGAUUAGCUUGAUUGUUAGAGAAGUAAUGUUGGAAGAAGAACCUUCAAUAACAUCAAGUGAAAGCCAUACUACCUACUCUACUUGCAGUGCUCCAUUAAAUAAAGCAAAUAGAAAAAAGUUAAUUGAAAGUCUUUCCCCAGAUUUUUGUCACCAAAACAAAGGCCUGUUGCUGACAGCUAAUACCAGUAAUCAGAAUGGAAGGCCUGGAAGAACACUUAUUAAAGAAAUCCAGAGUCCUCUGUCUAGUAUCUGUGAUGACUCCAUAGCCCUAGAUGCUGAGCCUAUUACCCAGCCAGCAUCACUGCCCAGACACAGCAGCACACCAGACCACACCAGCACACUGGAGCCUCCUCAUUUGCCUCAAAAAAAGAACUUACAAAGUGAAAAGGAAACUUACAAGCUGUCUAAGAAAGUGGAAAUUUUAUCUAGGAACCUGGUUGAAAUGCAGCGGUGUCUUUCUGAACUCACAAACUGUCUGCAUAAUGGGAGGAAAUCCUCUUCAGUGUAUCCACUUUCUCAAGAUCUUCCUUAUGUUCACAUCAUUUACCAGAAACCUUAUUAUCUAGGUCCUGUUGUUGAAAAAAGAGCGGUGCUUCUCUGUGAUGGUAAACUAAGCCUCAGUACAGUUCAGCAGACUUUUGGCCUUUCUCUCAUUGAAAUGCUGCAUGAUUCCCACUGGAUUCUUCUCACUGCUGAUAAUGAGGGCUUUAUCCCGUUAACCUUCACAGCCGCACAGGAAAUAAUCAUAAGAGAUGGCAGCCUGUCCAGGUCAGAUGUCUUCAGAGACUCUUUUUCUCACAGUCCAGAUUCCGUUUCUUCUCUUAAAGUCUUUACAGGCCUUGCUGCCCCCAGUUUAGAUACCAGUGGCUGUUCUAACCAUGUAGAUGGCAUGGCCUGAUAUCUGCAGUGUCCUUGCUGUGUAGCUCUUCAGAUGAGACCAUUACAAACAAGGCCUGCUUGCCACUGUGGACACUCACCAAUGAGACUUGCACUGCACUCGGGCGAAGCACUUGCCAUGGUUGACUCUCCUGGUUUCCCCCCGUUUCCCCUGGGCUGAGGCUCAUUGCUGUGUAGCAGAGCUCAGUCUUUAUUAGAUGGCUCCGAAAGUGGUGUUUAUGUAUUCAUGACUGUGUGGUUUUGACUAAGGGCAGAAUUCCCAGAACAAAACAAUAUUAUGGUGCCAUAUGGAUUGUUUUAUGGUUUCUCUGAGGCUUUGUGUCCCUUGUCCAAAGCUGCGUUGAAGCUGUCUUAGGAGCACUUCAAAGAUACCUCGGCAUUGUUAUAGGUCUUUUUCCGGGCUCCAAGAGGAGGGUGAGGAGUCUGCUGGGGGGCAUGUGCUCUAGCAUAUUAACCUCAAACCAGCAAGAAUUAGCAGAGCUCAAAGGAGGACCAGAAACCCACUGGCUUCUGCUCCCAGGAACAGGAAGUGGCUCUGAUGUUGCCUGGACCUCCCAGAAUUUAAACCUAACACUCUUGCUUCCUUAACAAAUUCUGGCUGACAGAGGUCCAGGUACUCUUCAAAACUGACCCUGGGAAAAUUUUGAAUGAAAUUUCAAGGGAAUUUGUCCCCUCUGGGCUCCACUGAGAUUGUGCCGGUGCUGCUAGCACACUAUCGAGCCCAGGCGAGUCUUACUGCAGGAUCUUGUGCUGUGGCCACUCAUGAGUGUCCCUGAAAUACCUUUUUUUUUUUUUUUUAAAUCCAGUUUUGGGAUCAUACAAGUUUUCUGUUUUUCUCCCAGUAGUCAGCUCCCUUAGUUAACUUGUCAUUUUAAUUUGAUAUUUUUAUUUUCUCUCCUUUCAAAUCUUAGAGACCAGCAGAGAAUCUGGGAGAGAAAGUAUUUCAGGAUGUUGGAAAUUUAACUGAAUCUGAGGUAGUUUUAAAAAGUGCCAUUUUGUUUCACUUAUGGGCUAAAGUAUCAGCUUAGUCAGGUAAGAGCCCUGACCCCCUUCAGAUGGACACAGUACUUCUCACUGCCUUCAGAUGGAAUCACAGAUUUCAGUCACGGCAGCAUAACAAAUUGAUCAGUGUGUGGCUAGGCAUCUGCAGAUAAAUUGUUUCGGCCGUAGAAGCUCCAUUAGCAUAUACACUUUCUUUUUCCCCCUUCCUUUAAAAUCAUCUGGAAAGAAACUUAUUUUGUGCCCUUGGGGACUCCUGUCUGUCUGUUACAGUUUACCAAGAUGGAGCUGGGUUAGGAAAGAAGUGAGGGCCUAUUUUGUGGUUCAAGUGCACUAGACAGCUGCUGGGGUAAUGGAAGCAGAGGCAAUGUCUGUAAUCAGCUGUGGGAGAGCGGUGACUGAGAACAGUCUGAGGCCUCCACUUGGAGGUAUCUGGGGUGUAAUGAAAUCACAAUUAUCUUGAAGCCUAAGAGGGGACUACAGGACUGUUAACUAAGAUAAUGUAGGCGCCUAAAAGGGUAUGUUACAAUCACCAUUUCUCAGGUCAAAAUACUGUGAAUACGUCUUCAAUAAAAUCACUAUGGUUAUUG